UAAAAUUCCCCCUCCCCGACUAAGCCGCACCGGAUCCACUCCUCACGCUGCCGCGCCCACGCUCCCCCAGCCAAUGGCGGCCGCCUCCGCCGGCGGCGACUGGGAGAUCGAAAACGACGACGGCUUCGUCUACAAGCGGCCCCGCGUCCUCUACCCUGCCGGCCGCGAAGACGCCGGCGCGGCGGCCCCCUCUGCACCGGGCCCGCCCCCCGAGUCCGUCCGCCUCCAGCGCCGCCGCCGCGCGCUCCUCAACCUCCGCGCCAAGUACCAGGCCGAGCUCUCGCGGUGGGAGUCCCUCGCCUCCGAUGUCCUCGUCCCGCUCCCGGCUCCCUCCGCAGCUCCUUCCGGAGCUCCCUCCGCUUCGCCUCUUCCCCCCACCAUCUCCUCGGACCACGCCGUCCUCGACGACUACAUCGCCGAGGUAAGCAACCACCCGCCUAGCUCCGCCGUCUCAGCUAGUAUCCCACUGCUGCCUAGCUGUUUUUUUUUAUUAUUAUAGAAAUAAGGCAUUUUG